AUGUCCGAGUCCGGCGGCAUGCCGCCCCAGCGCCACAUCCAGCACCACGGCGCCCAGAAAUCCCUCCGCCGCCGCCGCCGCCUCCUCUCGGUCACCGCCACGGGCGCUCUCCCGCGCGUCGUCCCGCUCCCCACCGUCUCCGUGCAGCUCAACCUGACGUUUCUCCUCGUGGUCCGCGUGCGGAACCCGAACCCGGCGGCGUUCCGCCACGGCCCCGCCGACACGGCGCUCAACUACCGCGGCGCCGCCGUGGGCUCCGGCGAGGUCCCGGCCGGGACCGUGCCGAGCCGGGGCGCGGCCACCGUGCGGAUGAACAUGACGGUGCAGGCGGACCGGGUCGUGGCGGCCGCCGGGAUCGGGGGCCUCGUCGCGGACGUGGUGGCCGGCGAGAUGGAGUUCGAGGCCAGGACCGAGGUGCCCGGCACGGUCACGCUCCUCGGGUUCGUGAAGCGCGGCGUCGAGGCCAGAUCGGUGUGCCGCGUCGUCAUCGGCGUAGCCGACGUCACCGUUCGACGUCAGGAGUGCCACAACAAGGCCAAGCUGUAA